GAGCGCUCGGGAGAAAAAUACGUUGGUACGUCUCUCGGUCGGUCUGUCUCGCUGCGAUCCGAUCCAUCCAUCCAUCCCCGCAUCAUCAGACACCAGGCACCGAGGGUCCCUCACUCACACUCUGCUCUUCCCCCUCUGUAUCUGCCUCCCCCUCCAGUGCCUUGUCCUUGCCCCCCUUGGCCCUUGGGUCAGGGGUGUAGUCGACAUCUCGCACCGUGGCAGCCGUCGGUCUCUCGGGGCUGCCCAUCUCAGCUGCAGGCUGCUUCUCAGGGGACGAUGGUGUAGGGGACUCCGGGGAUGCGCCGUCAUGGUCAGCCGGGGGCGGCUGGUCGGGGCUUGAUGUGGCUGAGCCGGUGGCACCGCCGCUACCGCUGCUGCUGUCACUCUGGCCGAUGAUGGACGAGCCGCUCGGGGGCGGCUUGACCACCAUCUUGCCGUCGGGCGUAAAUUCUACCCACAUGUCAUCGUCGUCGUCCUCUGCAUCAUCACUGGGGCGCGGCAAGGCGGCAACUGGUUCGGGGUGGUCCGAUCGCUUGGCCUCGGUCGCGAAGAAUGCCCUGCGUGAAGGAAGGGUGGGGGAGAGGAGAAACAGAGACAGGGAUGGAUGGAUGGUGUGGUGUGGUUCGGUUAGCUUAGGUUACGCACUUGAAUUUGCGUUUCUCCUUGGCCUCCUCGUCCGCCUGGAUCUUCUUGACCUCACGGAGCAGCUUACUGCAUGGCAUUGCAUCCAGCGCACACAAACGAAACAGAGAGAGAGAUGCAUGGAUGGAUGGAUGCAUGGAUGGAUGGUGGAUGUCUUCACUGUUUUGCCUCGCCUGACCUACCUGAGUUGUGUGUCGUUCGGUGUGACGUCGAGUGCUCUGAUGACGUCCUUCUUGGCCUCAUCGAAGUCCUUGGACUCCAAAUGGGCGCGCGCACGGCGGUAGAGGGCCUUGACCAGGUGGGGGUCCACGGCCAGCACCUCCGUGCACCGGCGGAUCGUCAUGCCGUAGUGCCCCAACUCCAAAUGACACGCCGCCUGCACCCACACACACAUGGGGUGGCGUGAUGGGCUGGCCUGGGCUGGUGUGCCUUCAUGGUGCGUCGACGCACCUCAUUGAGUUUGCAGAGGGUAGUCAGGCGUUUCCUCUCCUGUUCGAUCGCACGGUUGGGCGCCACGAAGGAGAGGACCCCCGUCGCCCGCGUGUAGUGUCGCACGGCGUCCUCACACUGCCCCGACCGGAACGACGUGUUGCCCUGCUGCUUGCACUUCUCACCCCUGCAGCCAACACACCAACACACAUACGCUGUAUGUGUCCGCUUUUCGGUCCUCGUCGCUUACUCUUCGAGCCGCUGUCUGGCCUCGUCUGUGGUGACGAUGGCCGGCGCUGCCUCGCGGCGGGCUGUCAGGUUGAUCGUCUCUGCUGGCUCACUGAACGAAGGAAGGACACAGACAAUGGAGUGGGUCACAUGCUUGUGUAAGGGGGUUCGAUCUCCACUUGACGUACGUGUCUUCCUCGAUGAUCUCUGCGUCGUAUUUGCCGGAGGGCGGCACCUGGCCCAGCUGCCGCUGGUGAAUCGUCUCGCCAACUGACCAGAUCUUGAUGUCGUCAUCGAUGCCUGACACACAAAUGCAUUCACGCGUGUGGACGCGUGUGUGUGCGAGAGUGUGUGUGUGUGCGAGAGUGUGUGUGUGUGUGAGUGUGUCGGUGUGUGCCUUGACCUCACCUGAGGAUGCGAGUAGUGGUAGGGAUGGGUGUGGUGCGAUGGAGUUGACGAUGACGCGGUCGCUCUUCAUCUUGCGCAGCAGGCGGCCCGUCUUCUUGUCCCAGAUGAAGAUGUGACCGCAGUCGCCACCCGUCGCCACGUAGCCCUCGUCGCAGAAUAUGAAACGAGCCUGUCGGUUUAUAUAUUUGUGGCAAUGAAUCGAAUGCAUUACAGGUGCUGUGUUGUGUUGUGUUGGUCUGUGUGCUGUGGUGACCUCUCACCUCCUUUGCAAAUGUUUCGCUGUUGAGCCGACCCUUGUAGCUCUGCACCACCUGCACACACACGCAUUGCAUUGCAUUGCAUUGCAUUGCCGCCCAGAAAGACAACCGCAAACGCAUCCAUGUGUGUGUGGUUGUGUCAUGUGGGUCACUUGUGAGCAGAGUUCGAUCUCCCUGACAGUAAUGGCGGUGUACGUCCGCGUGUCAAACAUGCAGAUGUCGCCAGGACUGCACAUACACACACACAUCAGACAUUCAAAUCGCCCAUUGUGUUGUGUGUUGGUGUGGAUCCACAACGCACCGGUAGUUGACGAGCAGUUCUCCCUUGGUGGACCAGUCGACGUCACUCACACCAACGGGCUCGCCGCGGAUGGUUCGACGAACAGUGUCCCUGCACUCACACACGCAUGCUCAACACACGUACAAACGAAACAUCUGAGCAAUCAUGCAUGUCAAUCGGUGGGGGCUGCACAGACUUGAUGCCGUAUUCGCUCUCGGUGAGUUCCUUGGGCGCGCCCCAACGCUGCAGAGGCGUCUCGCUGACACACACAAACACACAGAGAGAGAGGGAUGAAAGGACCCACUUAGGGAUGGCUGUGUGUGCACGGUGUGUCUGUACUUGUCCUUGCGGAGGUCAUAGAUGCGAACUAUGGGAUCGUUGCUGCCGACGGCGAACAGAUGGGGAUUGGAUGGACUCACACGGACAGCGUUGCAGGCUAUGUCUGCACACACAACAAAGGAGAGUGCUGUGUGGUGUUUUGUGGUGUGGUGUGGUGCGGUGUGGUACAAACCUCCGUUUGGUCCGUCGAUGGUUUCGUUGAGACGGACGGCCACGGUACUCUUGUCAGUGCGCAGGUCGAACAAACGCACAUGAAACGGCUGACCGACCAGCACACAGCACGCAAGACAUACACUCACUACACAGCUGACUGAGGUGAGGCGAGGAGAGAGGAGGCUAAGAGAAGACCGUCCGUCUGUGUGUGUGUAGUGCACCCACCUGUACAGUGCAUAGGAAGAGGUUUCUGUCGUCGGGUAAGAAGUCGAUCUUGACGGACAUCGGCCCGGCGCCCCACAGCACCUUGCCCCCAUCACCCACACGCACAUCCGUCAACCUGACACACAACACAACACACAACACAACACCACGACACAACACAUCACAACACGAUACACACAGGCAGCGAGCAAGCAAAGCCUCAUGGACGCUACACUGCCACCCCUUGAUGUGAUGUGUGUGCUGCCACCCCUUCCCCUGAUGUGUGUGUGUGUUGGGUGAGCUUACACGACUCUGCCAUCGGCGCCGCAUGACACGGCCUUGCUGUCGUCAGAGUGCGGCACGAAGCGGGUGCCCUGCGUUGUGACACAGAAACACAGGGAGGGAAAGGCCACAUGACCAAUGCGAGUGCCGUGUGCGUGUGUGGGGUGUUGGGUGCGCACCAGUAUGUUGUGUGUAUGUGCGGUGGGGACGCGGUGGAGCAGACGAUAGUCAGACGACCAGAAACACUGACACACACACGCACGCAGAAGGAGCCGAAGCAAAGUGAACGUUGAAGCAGUCAGUGCUUCUCUUCUCGCGUCGGUUCUGCUCAGCCACUCCCUGAGUCACCCAUUCCAUGCUUGUGCUCGCUCACCAGGUGGACGUCGUCCGAUCCCGACACCAAACGAGUCCCACUACCAUUCCAGUCCUGGUCAUGCGAAUCGAAUUAACCACACCAACAGACACACACACACACGAGCGAAGGAAACGAGAUGAAUGAAUGGAUCGUCCAUCCCCCUUUCUUUCAUGUCAUCUCUCUUACGAUGCUGUUGACGCAGCCUCUGUGCGAGGUGAGCUUCUUGCUCAGUUCGAGCCGCUUGACAAACACAGGACUGCCGACAAUGCUCUGCCGCACAUUAGCACCAAACGGCCCAUUACUCAGACGGGUGGGGUAGCCCUGCCGCCGCUGCGUGAUGCACUCGAGCAGCGACGCUGGGCGGCGGACGGAAUGGGUGCUGCUGCUGGAGGGCUCAUGGGAAGACGACGCCUCUGCCUGCAUCUCCUCUAUUUUUCUUGCUUGGUUCCUCAGGAAUCGCUUCUGUUUCUUAGCCAUACACUCAACUACAGCCUGGAAUCGUCGUUUGUGCCCUCUUUUUCGUCG